UUCGAUCUAGGUCGUCGUCGUCGUCGUCUCCAUCGCGUGCCGUCCUUCACGUGUCGCGCCUCCCUCUCCCUCUCCCUCUCUCUUCCCUUUUCGGUGUUCCUGUCCCGUUUCGCUUCCUUCUUCUUCCUCCUCCUUUUCUCUGCUUUCUCUGCUCUCUCUCUCUCUAUUUUUAUUUUUUGGGCUCUCUCUUUCUCUUGUAUUUCUCUCUCUCUCUCUCUAUCUUUUGUUGUUGUCGUCUCGUCGGUCGGAGCGCAGACGCCUCCUUGUCGUCUUCGCCUUCCUAUCCACUCUCCUUGACGGUGGCAAUCGCGCUCGCGUGUGUGUGUGUGUGUCUCUCUCUAUCUAUCUAUAUAUAUAUACGUACGGACAGACGGACGUAUCGGCCCUCCAUUGCGGCUCUUUCACCCGCGCAACACGUUGCCCAGUGUGGUGCGGUCAGGCGGUGGAGUGAGAGACAGAGAGAGCUAUAGAGAGAGAGAGAGAGAGAGAGAGAGAGAGAGAGAGGGGAAAAUGGAGGGAAGGAAGCAAGGUGGAUCGUCUUCUGCCCCUGCCUCUGCCUCUGCCUCCGCCUCAGCCUCUCCGCCGCCGUCGUCGUUCGCUUCGGAGCUGUUCGGUUCCAAGGAGGCGUAUCCGUCGUCGUCCUCGGCGGGCAUCUUCGGCUCCAUCUUCGCGCCUCCCCCCAGGGUUCUUGGGAAGGAAUCUGUGCGUUACGAGAGCGAGAGGAAGCAGGAUUUUCAGAACGAGCCGUGGAGAAGCAAAUCCGGACUUCCAGAUGAUGCGUCAAAUGUCAGCGGAGGAGGUCAGAGCAUGCUGAAUGGAGAUAUGGCUACCAUUUAUCAAGAGCAGAGAGUACAACCAUGCCACCUCAGUUCGUCUAUAUUUUAUGGUGGCCAAGAGAACUAUUGCCACCCUUCGAGUACUCAGGGAUCUGGAUUAAAUUCUGUGUCCAAGAAAGAUCCUGGAGAAGAUGACGGAAGUGCUUCCAGGGGAAAUUGGUGGCAAGGGUCUCUAUAUUACUGAGAGCUUACCUGUCAGGCGGAUCGUCAAUAUGGUACAUAGCAAUACUAUAUUAGCAGUAUAGUCUUACUUGGUUCUCAUGGAUAUGAAGAUAAUGGUCAGGUUGCUGUUUGUCCAGCCUAACCAUGAAGUGGUCGUCGGAUACUAUAGUUAACGACUUCCAUAUCCCUUUUCUCGAGUAUGGAUUGCUUUCCUUUACUGUAAGAGAUGUUUGGAUGAGGACUUCUUUCACCACAACCUAUUAUUGUGGACUGAAGGUGCCUUAUAAUCUAGUGGGUGCUAUGUAUAAACUUUCGAAGUUUCCUAGCUUAAUUCUCUACUCACCAGCUGUAAAUGACCGCAUUAUAGUAUAGCAUGAUCUCAUACUGUGAAUAUCUAUUGCAGUAACCGCUCUGAGAGGAUGAUUUUCGUCUCUACUCAUUUCUUUGUGUAUUUGUGAAGCAUUUGAAUCAA